GCAAAGUGAAAGUUUUUAUAUUUUUUCUGCCAGUGUAAAAUGUCAAAUAGACGCUGCAUUUGACGCUAUCAGUUUUUUAACUGCAUUGAGCCUACCCCAUCUAGACUCUUAUUUACAACAAUUUAUCAUUGACAUCGAAGCGGAUCAUAUGUUGAAUGAAAUUAGUCAGCCUAGGGUUAUUAUUAAAAGAAAGCAUUAAGACAAAACCAAUAGAGCAAUUGCUUGCGUAUCUCAAAUAUCCCCAGUCCACAGAAUUUCUCAAAAAUAUGACCUACGUGGAACCUAUAGGCCAGUCGCAACGAGGCGAACGAAAUAACUUGUAGGUCCAGCGAAUGCAGUGUCAACCCAAGAGCGAAGUCCAAGGGUAACAGCAGCCAACGACGAAGCUGGAGCGUCCUCCUAAAAGGACUUUGCAGCGCGGGGGAGUGCAAUUCGAUUUAGCAACAAGCAGGCUCAACGUAACCGAAGCAAGGCGAAUAGCAAUUAGUAGACAUUAAUACCUCAGCAUUACGAAGCAGCAAGAUAAAGAGCGGCGGAAAGUUUCUACAUCGUGAUAAGCAUCUAGUAAGUGCCUUUGGACAUCACAAAAUGUCGAAAUCGAUACAAGAGUACGCUGAUAAUUUCGCAGCAUGGCUAGUACCUGCACAAGCCGAAGUUCCGUGUCUUGUACAACCCGGAGCUCACCGCUAUCACAUACGCAAACAAAUAACUGCAGAAGUCACGUAUUUGCUCAUCUAUGUGGGCAAAAAGAAGACCACAAUCUACUUCCAAAACGAUAGGAGUCAGACGCUGCAGAUGUUAUUCGAUGACUUCAAGAAUGAUCUACGUGGGAUAGAUCGCGAAAUUAACGAGUGCAAAGCACUGGAUCACUGGGACAAACCACGUGAUAUAGUAUGGAAGUACAACCCAUACUACAAUGCAAUCAUGAAAAGAUCAAUAACCAGAUGCCCAUGAUCAACAAUCAUCAGCCAACAGCUAUCGCCGACAUGACAUCAGGCCAAUCUGAGCUCACAACGACAGCCACAUCCUCUAUGCUGCCGAUGCCAAUGCUACCACACAACAUGAUGAUAGCAGCGCCAGAGCACACCAACUACUUUCACUUCGUCCCACAAAUGUUUCUACCAGCGUUGGGAGCGGCGGCGUCUCACGCACCACAUCAGGCCGAAGAUGAAGAACAGGCGUUCCUUCCUGAACCGCAAGAAGGAAAUCCAUUCGUCGACGAAAACGACUACGAGCAAGAGAAUGGCGAACCCGCGACAAAGCGCAUCAAACGAGAACAGUAG